AUGAGCAAACCAGCCGCUUCAACAAGUGGUUGCUUGGACAUUCUGAAUGUCAAAUCAAGUAGGAUCUUGGACAUCCCCUGCAAAGUGUGCGGGGACCGGAGCUCUGGCAAGCAUUACGGCGUGUACGCAUGUGAUGGCUGCUCCGGCUUCUUCAAGAGGAGCAUUCGCAGGAACAGGACUUACGUUUGCAAGUCUGGCACUCAGGGGGGAUGUCCGGUUGAUAAAACACACAGAAACCAGUGCAGAGCCUGCCGCUUGAAAAAGUGUCUCGAAGUCAACAUGAACAAAGACGCCGUGCAACAUGAAAGAGGACCGAGGACGUCCACCAUCCGGAAGCAGGUCGCACUCUAUUUCAGGGGUCACAAAGAGGUCAACGGAUCCUCAACUCACUUCCCGCCAUCCUCCAUACCGGGCCCGCCGUUCUUCACCACCGUGACGCAGAUCGAGCCACACAACCUAGAGCUGAGCACAGUCUCGAGCACGCCAGAAAGACAAGCCAUUGUAGGACUCGCGCAGCCUACUCCUAAGUAUCCCCACGAGGUGAGCGGUACCCCGAUGUACCUGUACGAGGUGGCCACAGAGUCGGUGUGCGAGUCAGCAGCGCGUCUCCUCUUCAUGAGCAUCAAGUGGGCCAAGAGCGUGCCGGCGUUCUCCACGUUACCGUUACCAGAUCAGUUGAUCCUGUUAGAGGACGCUUGGCGGGAACUGUUUGUUCUGGGCAUCGCGCAGUGGGCGAUUCCGGUUGAUUCCAGCACCCUGUUGGCAGUGUCCGGUAUGAACACAGAGAACACCGAGUCUCAGCGGCUGAAUAAGAUCAUCGCAGAAAUCCAGGCGCUUCAGGAGGUGGUCACGCGCUUCAGGCAGCUGCGGCUAGAUGCAACAGAGUUCGCCUGCCUCAAGUGCAUAGUCACAUUCAAGGCUGUUCCCACUCAAGGCAGCACAGAACUGAGAACUUUCCGUAAUGCCAGUGCCAUAGCUGCUCUUCAGGACGAGGCCCAACUGACGCUCAACAGCUACAUCCACACCAGGUACCCUACGCAGCCGUGCCGGUUUGGGAAACUGCUCCUGCUCCUUCCCGCGCUGCGCUCCGUGAGUCCGUCAACCAUUGAGGAGGUGUUCUUCAAAAAGACAAUCGGGAACGUACCAAUUACGCGACUGCUAUCAGACAUGUACAAAUCCAGCGACAUCUGAGCUCGCUAUCAAAGACGUCAAACAAUUCAAAUGCGCACGAACAGUCUCUGGGCCUGCGUCAUGUCUUCAGUCAAUGGCGCUAUAAUUGCCCUUAAGUAGACCUGAUCCAGACUGAAUGUUUAAAAGUUCAGAGUUACCAUUACAGGGAAUUAAACGAUAUUUUUUUCGUUA